GGUGCACCACUCUCCCUAUCAAUCAUGCAUGUUCCUUCUCCCUCGAGUUGUCCCCAAUGCAACUGCCCUCCACCAUUAAUAUGCCUGAUAAGGCACUUCGAAAUUCCACCUUCAAUUCCUCCUCCUCCUCUUCCUCCUCAGUUAUGUUGAGUGAUUAAUGAGAAGAUUAAUAUGGGCAAGAAGCUAAGCUUGAUCUCCUUCCUGUUCGCGCCAAAUUACUCGAAGGAGCAUCCCAAUUGCUACUCCUCUUCUCCAUGGCCGUGGCUUUCUUGCGCCACUCCUAAGACUGAGUCCUUCCGCCACGCGCCGCCCUGCACCGUCAACUCGUCGUCGUUCGACUCGGACGACUCGUGCUUCACUCGCUCGUCGCCGGAGAGCUUCUCUACGAUCUCGGAAUUCUCGAUCGGAGGUUCCCCUGAAAGGGUCUUGCCGGGGCUGCGGUCGUCCGACCGGCUCUUCUUCGAGCCCAGCUGCGGCGCCGGCACCUGGUCGACGCCUGAGGAGGGCGUGAAGGCAACAGAGGCGCCGCCGUUAGAAGGCGCCGUGGUGGUAGCGCUGGAGACAGAGGACGCGUACCGCGACUUCCGGCGGUCGAUGGAGGAGAUGGUGGCGGCGCACGGGGUGAGGGAUCGGAGCAAGCUCUUGGAGCUUCUGGUUUGGUAUCUAAGGGUCAACGGAGAGAAGACUCAUGGGCUCAUCGUCCGGGCCUUUGCUGACAUCCUCGCCGGAGUUGCUCCUCCUCAAUUUCCCUGCUCGUCGAUCGCCUCUAAGUCACUUGAGAUGGAGGGAAAAGAGGAGGAAGGAAGUGGGUCGAGUUAAUUUAUCGGAUACCAUAUUCAUAUAGAUCUAUUUUCUCUUCUUUUAAGUGUAAAAAUGUCCGCGCCCUGUGCAUGUGUUAAAAUUAAAAAAAACAACAACAAAAGUAAGGGUCCGUUUGA